CAAAAUGGGGCUCGGCCGGAGCUUACCCGAGCCCCGAGCUGAGCCGGCUCGGACUUUUUUCGAGCCGAGCCACGAACAGUCCGAACCGACGAGCCCAAUUGCCAUUCCUAGGUAAAUGCUAUGUAGCAGUGGUGGUACAACAAUCCGUUAUUUUGGGUUCUUUUCCGCUCGGUUUGUAAAUUAAAACCAUUCUACUAGGCGUCCCAGAACUCUGUUCAAAACUCUACCUGUCUUUAAUCACACCAGGUGUUUGUCUGAUUGCUUCAAUGGCAUUUUCAUCUUGCCUGAAGUGCCAUUCAUGGACCCACCCUCGAAAUCUAGAGCGCCCUUUCCCUCCCACUUCAAAACUCCUAAAAGUAACUUCAUUCCCAUUUUCUCAGCACCGCGAAAAUCAAUUCUGUUCACUCUCAGCUUCGACUUCCUCACUUCCGUCAACCAUUUGGCUUUCUCCGGACUUCACUACUAAGCAACUGUUAGAAACCCUUCGUCGCGAAAACAAUGAAAAUUCAGCUUUUCAACUGUUUGAAUGGGCAUCAAAGCAGCCGAAUUUCACACCCACUUUGCCUGUAUAUGAAGAAGUUCUUCGGAAGCUUGGAAUUGCAGGGUCUUUUGAUAGGAUAGGGCGAAUCUUGGACGAUAUGAAGCGUUCAGGAGUCGAAAUUGUGGAAGGUACUUUUUUCAUUUUGAUUGAUAGUUAUGCGAAAUUUGGGUUUUAUGAUGAAGCUGUAGGCGUUCUUGAUAUGAUGGAGAAUGAGUUUGGGGUGAAACCGGGAACUCACAGUUAUAAUUCGCUGUUGAAUGUUCUUGUUAAUGGAAACAAGUUGAUACUAGUUGAAACCGUGCAUUCUAGGAUGUUGAAUAAAGAUGUGAAACCCGAUGUUUCAACGUUUAAUAUAUUAAUAAAGGCCCUAUGUAAAGCACAUCAAAUUAGGCCUGCAAUUUUGAUGAUGGAGGAGAUGCAUGACUAUGGUUUAGUGCCCGAUGAGAAGACUUACACAACGAUAAUGCAGGGUUAUAUUGAGGAAGGAGAUUUGGAAGGAGCACUGAGGGUUAGAGAACAAAUGGUGGCAGUUCAAUGCCCUUGGAGUAAUGUGACGAUAAAUGUUUUGAUUAAUGGGUUUUGCAAAGAAUGUAGGAUCGAGAAGGCCUUGAUUUUUGUUCAAGAAAUGGCUAACGAGGGGUUUUGUCCAGACAAAUUCACGUGUAAUACUUUAAUAAAUGGUUUAUGCAAAGUGGGGCAUGUGAAGCAUGCUCUAGAGAUCUUGGAUUUGAUGCUUCAGGAGGGGUUUGAUCCAGAUGUGUUCGCCUACAACACGGUGAUCUCUGGGCUUUGUAAGAUUGGUGAAGUUAAAGAGGCAAUGGAAGUUCUCAAUCAGAUGUUUUUGAAGGAUUGUUCCCCAAACACCGUCACAUACAACACCAUAAUCAGUACCUUGUGCAAAGAGAACCAAGUGCAAGAAGCUACUGAACUUGCACAUAUUCUGACAAGUAAAGGAAUCCUGCCUGAUGUAUCUACAUUUAAUUCUCUUAUACAAGGUCUCUGCUCAACCAGCAACUUCAGUAUUGGAAUUGAAUUAUUCAGAGAGAUGAAAACCAAAGGGUGCCAACCGGAUGAGUUCACAUACAAUAUAUUAAUUGACUGCCUGUGCAGCAAAGGAAAGCUAGAUCAAGCUCUGCAAUUACUAAAAGACAUGGAAUCAAGUGGUUGUGCUAGAAAUGUAAUAACUUAUAACACUCUGAUUGAUGGGUUCUGCAAAAUAAAAAAACUCGAAGAAGCGGAGGAGAUUUUUGAUCAGAUGGAAUUGCAAGGGGUUUCACGAAAUUUGGUCACUUAUAAUACUCUUAUUGAUGGUCUCUGUAAGAGCAACAGGGUGGAGGAAGCAGCUCAGCUCAUGGAUCAGAUGAUAAUUGAAGGAUUAAAACCAGAUAAAUUUACCUAUAAUUCCCUCCUUUCGCACUUUUGCAGGGCAGGAGAUAUUAAAAAAGCGGCAGACAUUGUUCAAGCCAUGACUUCAAAUGGGUGUGAACCAGAUGUUGUCACCUAUGGGACCCUGAUACAGGGUCUGUGUAAAGCCGGUAGAACUGAGGUUGCCAGUAGGCUCCUCAGAAGCAUCCAGAUGAAGGGAAUGGUUUUGACCCCACAGGCUUAUAAUCCUGUAAUUCAAGCUCUUUUUAAGCGGAAAAGAGGAAAAGAAGCCAUGAGACUCUUCAGGGAAAUGGAGGAAAAGAGUGAUCCUCCUGAUGCUGUCUCAUACAAAAUUGUUUUUCGAGGGCUUUGUUCUACCGGAGGUUCUAUUAAAGAAGCUAUUGAUUUUUCCUUUGAGAUGAUAGAGAAAGGCUAUAUCCCAGAAUUUUCUUCAUUCUCUCUGUUGGCUGAAGGGCUUCGUGCUUUGAACAUGGAGGAAGUUCUAAUUAAACUUGUAGACCAGAUAAUGGCAAAAGCAAAGUUCUCAGAGAGUGAGGUGGCCAUGGUAAGGGGUUUCCUCAAAAUCCGUAAAUUUCAAGAUGCACUGGCCACUUUUGGCAGUGUAUUGAAUAGCCGAAAGCCCAGAAAAGGUUACUGGUGAAGAUGGAGAACUUAAUGCUAUGAUUAGGCAACAAGGGACAAGCUUCUAAGCAUAAUGUCAUGCAAGUUAUUGAACUUUGAGAACAUUCUCGGGCGAUUGGCUUGGCUUGCUGGAAGGGAGACAGAGAAAGGAAAAUCUGUUCACAAAUACGAUAUGGGAUUGUCAUAUCCCAUCCAAAUUUGGGGUAAUAGAUGUAUAUGGACUUUAAUUUUUUAUGGUUCAGGAAUUCUCUAGGGAGACUUAUAUGAUGCACUCGACUAUUUCCUUUUAGAAUCUCUUUUAUUAUUUGACCAGCUUUAUAAGGAUGGUUAUUAUUGGUUUCAAUGUUGCUUUUCUUCAAUGCUCUACAAAAAAGUGGUUUCAGUUUA